AUGGAGCAGCCGCAGCUGCUGGUGCUGGAUGAGCCUACAAACCACCUGGACCAGCUGCCGGUUGUCAAAUCAAAGCCACGGGUGAAGGACAUCUACUCUAUCGAGGCGCUGUCAGUGGCUUUGGCUGAGUUUAAAGGGGCCGUCUUGCUCAUCACACACAACCGCGAUGUUCUCCGGAAGGUGGCAAAGGACACCAUCCCCUUGACCUGUAUCCAUGAAACCUGCACGGUUGCCAGCAAAUCCCUGAACUAUGCCCCGUAUGCCCGCGCAUACAAUGCCAACUUCCCAAGGCAAUUGUUCCUAG